GUGGCGGCGGCGGCGGCGGCCGGGGGAAGCCGCGGGGCCGGUCAUGCGGCUGCGGGGCCCGUGGCCCGGAGCGUCCGCCCAGCCCUGAGCGAGGACUGGUGUCAUGCAUUAAGACCACAGAGGUCAGACGGCAGACAGUUUCUUUUGGGGCUGGUGCCUCUGGCCAGGGUCCAAUGCCCAGGAUUGCCACAUGGGCCUGGGACCCUGAUCGGUGCCCUGGGCUCUUCACUACAGCCUCUGGCCUUGCAGGCCCCGCAGGGCGCCCCCCGCCACUGAGGAUGAGCCACUGCAGCAGCCGCGCCCUGACCCUGCUGAGCAGCGUGUUUGGUGCCUGUGGCCUGCUCCUGGUGGGCAUCGCGGUCAGCACUGACUACUGGCUGUACAUGGAGGAGGGGACGGUGCUGCCACAGAACCAGACCACUGAGGUCAAGAUGGCGCUGCACGCCGGGCUCUGGCGAGUCUGCUUCUUUGCAGGUCGAGAGAAGGGUCGCUGUGUGGCUUCCGAAUAUUUCCUUGAACCAGAGAUCAACUUGGUGACGGAAAACACGGAGAAUAUUCUGAAGACGGUGCGCACAGCCACCCCCUUCCCCAUGGUCAGCCUCUUCCUCGUGUUCACCGCCUUCGUCAUCAGCAACAUCGGCCACAUCCGCCCUCAGAGAACCAUCCUGGCCUUCGUUUCCGGAAUCUUCUUCAUUCUCUCGGGCCUCUCCUUGGUGGUGGGCUUGGUUCUCUACAUCUCCAGCAUCAACGACGAAGUCAUGAACAGGCCCAGCAGCUCGGAGCAGUACUUUCACUAUCGCUACGGCUGGUCCUUCGCCUUCGCCGCGUCCUCCUUCCUGCUCAAGGAGGGGGCCGGCGUGAUGUCCGUGUACCUGUUCACCAAGCGCUACGCGGAGGAGGAGAUGUACCGUCCGCACCCGGCCUUCUACCGCCCGCGCCUCAGCGACUGCUCCGACUACUCGGGUCAGUUUCUGCAGCCCGAGGCGUGGCGCCGCGGCCGCAGCCCCUCGGACAUCUCCAGCGACGUGUCCAUCCAGAUGACGCAGAACUACCCUCCGGCCAUCAAGUACCCGGACCAUCUGCACAUCUCCACCUCGCCCUGCUGAGCCCGCGCGCCCCGCCGCCCCCGUCCCCUCCUCGCUGCCUCCACGCCCUCCGCGUGCACGGGGAGGAGGCGGUGCCGUCUGUAGGCCCCACCCCGUCCCCCCUCCCUUAUCCCAAUGACCCCGCCCCUCGCCGAUCACCUCUUUCCAUUGGGCCCUUUCACUUCCAAAUGACUCCACUCCUUCACUGCCCGCCCCCUUUCCCCUGGGGCCCCGCCUCCCCAGGCAAUCCGCUCCUCCCUCGUCCCCGUGCGCCCCGCCAGCCUGGCCGCAGGGCCGGUAAGUGGGCUCCGGCCCCUCUUCUCUCUGCCUGGGCCUCUCUCCUCGCUGGCCCGUCGGGCCCUCCGGAGCAGUGCGGGGCCACAGCCCAGGGAGGCGUGGGGGUGGUCGACCCGCACUUGCCGCCCCCGUCUCUGCUCCGUGGGGGCGGGGGACAUCCUUUCGCGCCGGAGGGCUCUUUGCCGCCUCGUGGGGGCUCCGUCUGACGGCUCCGGCUUCCUCCUCGUCCCCCUCCCCUCCCAAGCCCCAGGUGCAUCCUGCCUCGCACACCGAACGCCCCGGACCGGGACCCCAGGUGGAGGGAAUCCCCCGGCCCUGCCCACACCUGUGCCCGCCUCUCCCCCCUCGAGGCCCCGUCGGGGGAGGGAGGGGCAGUAGCGGGGGUCGACGCCCCCCCAACCUCUGUCUUCCAUUUUCUGGCAGUCUCCUCCUUCCCGUCCCAGACCCCCACCUCUGGCCUCUCUCAAGGGCCCGUAUGCCCCUUUGGACAGAUGCGGGGGUGGGGGAGGUCCCCAGACACCCGCCCGCCCCCUCGUUAGGGGAGGAGGGGCGAGGGAGCACAGUGCUGUACACGGAACCGGGACGGCCCCCGGGGUGGGGGGUGGGGGGCAGGG